AUGCUUACAGGGCAGCUGAGCCAGCCCCUGGCCUCCCUGCGAGGCUCGGGGGAGCCCCACAGCCCCGACACACAGGACCUGAUGGACAAGCCCUUGCUCCUCUCCUCCUCCCCAGCCCUCCUCGAGGAGCACAGCCCCGGAGCGCUCUACGAGGACCCCUCCAUCGCCGCGGGGACCGAGGGCAGGGGGUUGAAUCCUCUGGCCAGCCAGGCAGCGGUUGCCGCGGCAGCAGCCAUGGGCUCCAUUGCCAGUUCCCAGGUGUUCGGCAACGCCUUGUCCAACCUCCAGGGGGCGACGGGGCAGCUGGUCACCAAUGCACAGGGACAGAUCAUUGGAACAAUCCCCCUGAUGCCCAACUCAGCCUCCAGCCAAUCAGGAGGGGGCAACCCGGGGAUGCAAGUUCAGCCAAUCACGCCGCAGCUCCUGACCAACGCUCAGGGACAGAUCAUUGCAACGGUGAUCGGCAACCAGAUCCUCCCCGUCAUCAACACCCAGGGAAUCACUCUGUCCCCCAUCAAACCUGGACAACAGCUCCCCCAGCCGCAGGCAGUCCAGGGUGGUCCUGCCUCAUCCCAGGUCGGUCUGCUCCACCCACCCCACAGACAGAGCCCCCUGCAGCACCCGGCCUCCUCCUCGUCCUCCUCCUCCUCUUCCUCCUCUGCCCUCAGCGUGGGACAGCUCGUCAGCAAUCCCCAGAGCGCGCCCAGCGAGGUGGACGGGGUGAACCUGGAGGAGAUCCGGGAGUUCGCCAAGGCCUUCAAGAUCCGCCGUCUGUCGCUGGGCCUCACCCAGACCCAGGUGGGGCAGGCGCUGAGCGCGGCCGAGGGGCCUGCCUACAGCCAGUCUGCCAUCUGCAGGUUUGAGAAGUUGGACAUCACCCCUAAAAGCGCCCAGAAGAUAAAGCCAGUUCUGGAGCGUUGGAUGGCUGAGGCAGAAGCCCGCCACCGCUCCGGCAUGCAGAACCUCACCGAGUUUAUCGGCAGUGAGCCGUCCAAAAAACGCAAGCGCAGGACCUCGUUCACGCCGCAGGCCCUGGAGAUCCUCAACAGCCACUUUGAGAAGAACACACACCCCUCCGGCCAGGAGAUGACCGAGAUAGCCGAGAAACUCAACUACGACCGCGAGGUGGUGCGUGUCUGGUUCUGCAACAAGAGGCAGGCCUUGAAGAACACCAUCAAGCGCUUGAAACAACCGGAGCCGGGCCCGGCCGCGUCCAUGGACCCGCUCACUGACUCUAUGGAAGAACUCCCAAAGUAGACCCCCUCGGUGGAAAGGCCCGGGUCUCAGACCAGGGUCUAGAGCCAAGGUCUGUGGCGCAUGGAGGCGGGCGGGGUGCCCUGCGGACCGCCACCCCCCCUCCCCUGCUUGUGUGAAGUGGACCGGAUGGACGGAGUUCUCAAACCAAACUAUGUGUUGUCAAUGUGAUUCCCACACUUGUGUAAAAUGACCUCGGCAAAACCCAAAAAAAAAUUAAGAAAAAAGAAGGCCAGUAUAAAAAGAAAGAUGAAUAUUUGAGAGUUGUGUACAAACUGUGCUGUGUCUAAGAGUCUACGGUUCUGAUGCCUCGGAGCCCGCUAACGUCCGGACCGUCGGUUCCAGCCGUCGGUUUGUAAGGAAGUCAUACCAAAUCAAAACACUAUUUACCAAAGUCUGUUGCAUCCGAGUACAAAAAUAAUUUUGUAAUGUAAAUGUGCUCUAAAUUUCUACAUUUGUACUGGCAAAUCAAAGCUCUAUGUGUGCGGUCGACAUUUUAACGCCUCUUCCGGCUUUUCCUUUGUCCUUCAUUUGAUUUUGUGUAAAUAAUGAGAAAAAUAAAUGCUGUCUUCAGAU